CAAGUAUACAAAUGGCUCCUUUUGAGGCGUUGUAUGGCCGGAAGUGUCGAUCUCCUAUUUGUUGGGAUGAUGUGGGCGAGAGGAAAUUAUUAGGUCCAGAGAUAGUACAACAGACUGUUGAUAAGGUGCAAAUGAUCAGAGAACGACUUCGUACAGCUCAGAGUCGCCAGAAGAGUUAUGCUGAUAAUAGAAGGAGAGAAUUGGAAUUUCAAAUUGGAGAUCAUGUUUUCUUGAGAGUGUCACCUACAAAAGGUGUGAUGAGAUUUGGGGUUCGUGGCAAAUUAAGCCCUAGAUAUGUUGGUCCGUUUGAGAUUUUGGACAAAGUUGGGGAGGUGGCGUAUCGACUGGCUUUACCACCGGCUUUGUCUAGUGUGCACAAUAUUUUUCAUGUGUCAAUGUUGAAGAAAUAUGUCCCAGAUCCGAGUCAUGUGGUAGCAUAUGAACCAUUACAUCUUCAGGAGGAUUUAACCUAUGAAGAGUUCCCGGUACGAAUUGUGGAUAGAAAAGAUCAGGUACUACGACAUCGAACCAUUCCUUUCGUGAAGGUACAAUGGAAUAAUCAUACAGAAAGAGAGGCUACUUGGGAGCUCGAAGAAGAGAUGAAAGUCAAGUAUCCGCAACUUUUUGAAACCUCAGGUAUGUCAAUUUCGAGGACGAAAUUUUUUUUAGGAGGGGAGAAUGUGAAGACCCACAUUUGAGUUGGGCCGGCCUUUGAACAAGGGCGGCCCAACACGUACAAGGGGGAGGGAGUCUCCCGAUUGAAAUGCCUCCCUCCCCUGUUUCGGAAGUAUUUCCCCUCCUCCCGAAUCCACCGGAAGAGAGGUAAUAGGGUGAUAAAUCCUACCAAAUCAGGAAGAUCUCCCCUCUCUCCUCCCCUAGGGCAUCAACCGAGGGCUUACACACACACA